UGGCAAUCACGACAAGAUGCCGUCAAGCGCAGACGUGAGAGCUGAAACAGCAUGCAGAGCACGUUCGGGACUGGCGACGGGAUGCCUUGCCUGGCCGGGGUGUGCCGUGCUCUUGCAAAACGUGGAGGACAAGGCCAGCAGCAUAUGCACGCCGUGGAAGAUCCCCCUUCAACUCGAAGCGUGCCCUGCGCGGCCCCAGCCCAUAUUUCAUCGACAGCUACCAGGGGCUUACUCGUCUGCUGCAGGAGCAGAAGGCGUUUCGCAGGGAAGAAGCAAGACGCGAUGAACGGACGACCGCUCAGGGAAGCGGUGCAUUGUGGCCUGAGAGCAAGACGGCACGAUGCCAUCGACCACUGCGACAUGCCGCUGAGGUAAGCCAGAUUGGAACGGCGUGGGGCGCAAC